AUGGGUGGUGCACCUUCUUUCAACCCAUUCAGCAAAAUUUUCCCCUUCUUCCCCAUCAUCAUUGUCAUAUUCACUACCACGCUCAUUCUAAUCGCAAGUGCCGAAGAUCACAAUUCAAAAGAAAAUGGAACAAUUCAUAGUCUCAAAGAUGACAAUGGCAUUGCCGCGUCAUCACCACCUCCUAUAUCAUCAACAGAUAGCUCCGGUCACGUGGCGAAGAAAUUAGUUACAUUUAAACCUAGCACGGCAGUGAUAGUAGGUGUUUUAACAACCACAUUUUCCCUUGCAUUGCUACUCCUCCUAUACGCCAAACAUUGCAAUAGUGGAAAUGUAUUUGCUGCUAGCAAUGCAAAUCUUGACGGGGAAUCACGUUUGCAUGAGCGGAAGAACUCUGGGAUUGAUCGUACUAUUGUGGAAUCAUUGCCGGUUUUCAAGUUUGAGUCGUUGACAGGCCAAAAACAUGGACUAGAAUGUGCGGUUUGUCUAAACGGGUUUGAGGAUCCCGAGGUACUCAGGUUAUUGCCAAAAUGCAAGCAUGCUUUCCACAUGGAAUGUGUUGACACAUGGCUUGACGAACAUUCCACGUGCCCACUUUGUCGUUAUAAGGUGGAUCCCAAUGACAUCAAUCUUCCUCUGCAACAAAACACAGAGGAAGCAUUGUCAUCUUCAGACAUUGAAAGUGGAAGAGUUAUUAGUAAUAUUAACGACAAUGUGUCACAACAAGAAAAUGAAAAUGUAGGUUCACUACAUGUUUUGGAGAAUAGUGAAACGUCCUGUAAGGUUGAUUUAGACUCAAAUCAAAAUUCUAAUAGUAAUUCCAGAAACGUAAGGAGUGAGGAUGUCACUGGAGAGCAUAGGUUAGACCACCGUAUAAUUUUGUCCCCCACCUGUUCUGAUACAUCACACAGUGGGGUCCACCAACGGUGGAGCAAUUUUGAAUCAGGUGAUAUGCUUUACCUAAACUCUGAUAGGCUCAUUAGUGAUAGUUCUUCACAGUUGAAUAGCUUGCAUGAGGGAAGGAGAAUGGUGGUAGAGCGUAAUCGCAAUAUUCUUGAUGAUGAGAUGGAGAAUGGUUUUGGUGGUGGUGGGAGGGGUGAGAGGAAUUUGAGGACUGUCUCCGAGAGGGUAGGGAUGACUAGAUUUUUGAGUAGGGAGAGAUGGAGGGAAACAGAGCGUGGUAGUAGGGAAGAACAAGCGCGCCAACGUGAGAGAGUGACUUCGAGGUGGUUGGCUUGGAUUUCUGGGCCAAAAACACAAUGA